UGCCAAACUGAAGGAAGAAAAUAUAUAUGGUCAUUAUUACUGGUCUGGCGUUGGAUUACUGUGUUUAUUAUACUGCCAAGGAUGCAAAGAAGCUAGGAUAUAACGUAUAUGUUGUACAGGAUGCCACAAGAGGAGUAUCGAAUGUGACUUCAGUUGGUGCCAUUACAGACAUGGACUCGAGAGGUAUUCGCAUGGUGCUGUCCAGUCAGCUUACAGCGGUUAUGGAGAAUCUCACAAGCGCAGGGUUUAUAUUGCAGAGUCCUUGUUUUUCUUGGAAAACAACAGUUUUCAUUAUUGUUGGGUUGUUUUUGCAUAUGUUGGUACCUCUCUAAACUACUCAAAUAAAAUGAUCAAUGCAAAUA